CGGAGGCGGAGAAGAUGUGACCGGCUGCGGCGGCGGCAGGUGGGCUGCUAUGGAAUAUGACGAGAAGCUGGCCCGGUUCCGGCAGGCUCACCUCAACCCUUUCAACAAGCAGCUGGCUCUGAGGCAUCAUGAGCAGGGGGCCGGGGAAGAGAGGCCAGGCAGCCCUUGUGAAGAGGCCCCACCAGACCUGUCUGCUGAGGAACUAGAGUUUCGUUGCACGGAGCGCGUGAUGGACCUGGGUCUGGCCGAGGACCACUUCUCUCGUCCUGUGGGUCUAUUCCUGGCCUCCGACGUGCAGCAGCUGCGCCAGGCCAUCGAGGGCUGCAAGCAAGCCAUCCUGGAACUCCCCGAGCACUCAGAGAAGCAGAGGGAUGCCGUAGUCAGGCUCAUUCACCUGCGACUGAAGCUCCAGGAACUGAAGGACCCUAGUGAGGAUGAGCCCAACCUCCGGAUUCUCCUGGAGCAUCGGUUCUACAAGGAGAAGAGCAAGAGCGUGAAGCAGACGUGUGACAAGUGCAAUGCCAUCAUCUGGGGGCUCAUCCAGACCUGGUAUACCUGCACGGGUUGCUACUACCGUUGUCACAGCAAGUGCUUGAACCUCAUCUCUAAGCCCUGCGUUCGCUCCAAAGUCAGCCACCAGGCCGAAUAUGAGCUGAACAUCUGCCCAGAGACGGGGCUGGACAGCCAGGAUUACCGCUGUGCUGAGUGCCGGGCACCCAUCUCUUUGCGGGGUGUUCCCAGUGAGGCCCGGCAGUGUGACUAUACCGGCCAGUACUACUGCAGUCACUGCCAUUGGAAUGACCUGGCUGUCAUCCCUGCCCGUGUGGUACACAACUGGGACUUUGAACCCCGAAAAGUGUCCCGUUGCAGCAUGCGCUACCUGGCUCUGAUGGUGUCAAGGCCAGUGCUCAGACUCCGUGAGAUCAACCCUCUGCUGUUCAACUACGUGGAGCAGCUCGUGGAGAUCAGGAAGCUGCGUCAGGACAUCUUGCUCAUGAAGCCGUACUUCCUCACGUGCAAGGAGGCCAUGGAGGCCCGGCUACUCCUGCAGCUCCAGGACCGGCAGCAUUUUGUGGAGAAUGAUGAGAUGUACUCAAUCCAAGAUCUGCUGGAUGCGCACACUGGCCGCCUGGGCUGCUCACUCACAGAGACUCAUACUCUCUUUGCCAAGCACAUCAAACUGGACUGUGAGCGGUGCCAGGCCAAAGGCUUCGUGUGUGAGCUCUGUAGAGAGGGUGAUGUUCUGUUCCCCUUCGACAGCCACACAUCGGUGUGCACAGACUGUUCUGCUGUCUUCCACAGGGACUGCUACUAUGACAACUCCACCACGUGCCCUAAGUGUGCCCGGAUCACGCUGCGGAAACAGUCGCUCUUCCAGGAGAAAUGCCCAGAGGUGGAGACCUAGAAUCUUGGGCCAUGAUCCAGGCCCAGCUGGCACCUGCCCCACGGCCAUCCCCAAGGUCACAGUGUUUCCUCCUCUCUGGACACCAUGUGUGUAGUUCCUGGCUUCUCUGUUGGGCCAGAUCUAUAUGAGCAAAGCCAGGACUGGGGAUCUUGGGCAUUGCUAGAACUCAGGAGACACACUGGGUAUAUGCUGCGAAGACUGGGGGAAGGCAUCUUUCUCUUAUGAAGACUCCGCCCUGUCGGUUCCUAGUAGCCCCAGGGUGAAAGUACAGACCACCAGAACCUCAAGAGCCAACUGCUGACUGACCUGGUGUCUAUAGGUACAAGAUUAGGGUUCAGCUUGGCUGUCUCUCCUUGGAAGCUUGUGUCUGUCCCCAGGGAGGUACCCAGCUAGAGGGGAGGUUCCUGGAGGCUGCCACAGACCUGUGUUUUCUGGAAACCACACUGCCCUUCCAGGAGCUGCAGCCUGCUGGCCCAGUUCCAAGGGUAGCUGGAAUCUGAGGCUACUGGUGAAGGGUCAAGUGUUGAAAUGUUUUCAAGGGGGUUCUCUAUGCUCAUAGUCAAGAAGUGGGAGUACUGCACUCUGAGGAAAAGGGGCUCUGGAUGGAGGCUCUGACCAUCGCCUUUCAUGGCCCUCUCAAUACCCAUGUCUGGUUUUUGCCUUCCUGUGGCCCCCCUCGUCCUGCUCAGCUGUCUGUGCAGGUGGAGAGUUGCUGCAGAUCCCAUCUUUGACUGGGGCACAGACCCACCCAAGGUCAGUUCAGCUUACUGGCCUAAAGGGGCACCAGGAAAACCACUUGCAUGGCCUUGGGCGUCCUUGCUGCCAUCCUGACCUAUGGCAGCAAGGGACAGCAAGCAGUAUCUGAGAGGGCUGUGAAAUCCAGUCAGUAGGCCACCUGCUUCCCAUCCCUCCCGACUACCUCUUCACCUGAACUUAUCCUCCCUCUCUGUCUGAGGCAUCUGUGGUCACACACUGGCUUGGGUUGGCAGCCCAGUAGUCAGAAGUCAGUUUGCUUGACCUGCCUUGCGCCGAGGGUUGAAGGCCCCACCUUAUAGGAAGUCAGUGCUGCUCAUUAAAUCCUUGAGUU